AUGGAAGAUAUCUACAGCCUCCCCAUCCCGUUUGAAGAGCUGUGGGGGAGGGUGAAGUUAAUGAGAGUGCUCCACCACUUAGUGACCCUAGUACUGCAAGGUACACUGGCACACUAUAGAAACAUUUCCAGCUUUAUGAAUGGUGCGGUUCUUAGUCGGUAUGAUGUGAUACUUGACAAGUUAUCAGACACUGACGAAGAGAAUCUCCUGUCGUUAGUGAAGGUGUUUUGUCUUCAGUCGGAAGUGACUCAACUGCUGGACAGUCCCAGUCUUCGACACGUCAAUGAAGGCGCUAUGAAGGUUAUUGAUGCAUUCAAGAGUAUGCUCCCGCUAUCAGUCAGGGAGAUUAAUAUUGCAAAUUACCUGGAACACGUAGCAUGGCGAAUACUAGGAACAGAAAACGUGAUUCUUGUACCAUUUUACUACAAAAAGUGCUUUUCAUUUUAG